UGCCAGGAGAGGAGGUGGGGUUACGGUGAAAGCUAAUCAACAGAGGCUGCUUACUGUUACAGGAAUUGUCAACCGUGCAGACCGAUUGUAAAUAUAAAAAUGGAAUUUGCAUGCCCGUGAGACAUCAACCUAAUGUACAAGGUGCAUGUAUCUUGGCCAGCGUCAGAGGAGGUAUGACUCUCACAAGAGGAUCUUUUAGCUAUUCUAGUGGAGAGGAGUACCAUGGCGAGUGGAAAGAAGGUAGACGCCAUGGGCUAGGUCAGCUUAAAUUUGCUGAUGGUACCUGCUAUAAGGGACAGUUUGAAAAUGGCUUAUUCCAUGGAUGUGGCGUUCUUGUGUUCCCUGAUGGAUCCAGGUACGAGGGAGAUUUUGUACAAGGUAAAUUUCAGGGUGUGGGAAUCUUCAAUCGUUUUGACGGGAUGACAUUUGAGGGAGAAUAUAAAAGUGGACGUGUGGAAGGAUACGGUCUGCUGACGUUCCCCGACGGAACACACGGAGUGCCACGGAAUGAGGGCCUGUUCGAGAACAACAAGCUGCUGAAACGGGAGAAGUGUCAGGCGGUGGUCCAGAGAGCGCAGGGCUCGGCCACCAAGGCCCGCGGCCUCUCAGUAUGACCAAAGGAGCCACAGCACAGUGCCCGCAGGCCUGGCUGGCCCUCAGGGAUGGGUGACAGGGUUCACAUCGCCUCCCUCUUACCCACGUGGGUUCUGUUUCACAUUUGCCUUUGCCUCAUCACUGAUGCUGAACCUGAGUGGCUCACUCCACCCACUCUUGCCUUUCGUCGUGGCAACACUGUCCCAUCUUUGCUGCUCGGUCUUGGCUCGACCCAUUGCUGCUGUAUUCCAUGUUAGGAGUGGAUCACCAGAAUACUUAAUUUCCAUGUAGUUAUUAUUACAGUGAGUGAUCAGGCUAACAACUAGUUAUCAGCCCAUUUGGGCAUCAGAUGUUCAAAGUCAUGGCGUAGCAAUCAUUCUACUUUACUGUAUUUGUCUGCAGCUAUGAUGGGAGUACAUUUCACCCCAUAGCUCCGUAAUGUAGAGAGUAAUUUAACAAAUGUUGUCCAAAAAAUAUAUUUGGAGCAACAAUUAGAGAAAGUUUGUCACUCACCUAUGCAGACUGACUGGCUGCUUAGAACAUCUUACAAUGAGCCACCUCUGUGAUAACCUCACAUGCAAACUGACAUAUCUUUUAUCUGAACUUGACACCUUAUCCAUCUCCUGUAUACAACAACAGACACUUGCAAGUUGCUGUGGGGUGAAAAAUGAGAAUGUUUUAACCUUUGAACUUAUUUCAGGCUGAAAAGGUGUGACCUUGACUUAUACACCCAAGGCUCUGUGGACAAGUUUGUAUUUGAUCACUUUUGUUAUCUGUCUUUGCCUUCACUUUGCCUUUCAGAACGGAAUCAGUGACUGAUGUAUGGUAUUGUGCAUUACACUGUCACAGUGUUGUAAUAAUUGUUUGGGUGAAAAUGGAUGAAAAGAUAAGAUUGUUUUUUUCCUCACAACAAAGGCAGGCAUUUUUACAGCUGCUCAGUACACAAAACUAAGUGUACUUUGAUUUUUUAAAUAUUCAGUAUCGUAUGGCUUUCUCUUAAAUUACUAAUUUCAUUCUCACCAUGUCAUUUUGUUUCACUCAUGUCUAAGAUCUGUGUGAUUAUAGCCUGCUGGUAAUGGUACCAUGCAACGCAUCAUAAAAUGCAUUCAGUUCAAAAGCAAGUAAUUUGCUAUAUGUGUGUAUUGUUAUAGAGUAGCAUCUCACAAAAAAAGCCGUUCUUGAUAUAUCAUAAUUUUCAAAGCACUUCACAUAAUAUUGAUUGGGCUACCCACCGAUUCAUAUGUGUGUGUUUCAGAUGCCAACAGCUGGUCCAGUCGUCCUUGCAAUUCUGUAAUGCGUGGAGUAGUUUGAAAUAUAGAAAAGGGAAAUUGUUACAUUAUAAUGUUCAGAUAGACUAAUAUUGUUGUCCUGGUGAUCAGGGCAAUAAAACAUUCUUUGUUCGCUUGCUUAAUUUAUUCUAAGAGAGAGACAUUUAUAGAAACUUGUGAAUCCCUGCGAACAGUAUUAAGAGUACUCGAUCACCUGUCACUAUUAUGCCCAUCCAAUCAAGGAAAUACUCUGAGUGUCAAUCAUGUAUCUUCUCCAGAGCGGCUCUGGGAAGACCACAAAGAGGACGGGGUAUACUUUCAGAUUGGCUAGUCUCCAGGGACAGCAGACUAUGGCUUUGAUAUUUCUUAAAGCGGAGUUUCUGUGUGCAGAAUAGUCCGUACGAUCAGGAGUUUCAUCAGCUUUGGAACAGAUUAAGGAGCCUUGUAGCUGAUUUAAAGUCAGUUGGUUUAAAUAAGAAUGUACAUAUGUUGACUAUAUUUCAACAAUUCAGAAUAAUCUUACUGAUUAUCUGGUGAAACAGUAAAAGAAAAACUGACUGAUGGUUUACCUAUUUUUACUGCGCAAGGGUCACAUUCAAGCCUAUGACUUAAUUGUAUACCUAAAACCAAGACCACAAAAUGCAUAAAUGAAAUCAUUUCUUACAUGUCUUCAUAUCCCUGUUCUCUGAGUGUCAAUCCAUACACUCAGAAAUGAACACCUGCAUGCUGUCACCUGAAACAGUAUGCAUAUGAAAUAGGUGACCUCUUACAAUUCACUUUGAUUUCAAGUGAACCGCGUUUUUGAUAGCGUAAGGGCAUUUAGAGUAUUUGGCCGGUGUAUUUCUCUGUGCGUGCGUGUGUGUGUGUGUGUGUGUGAGUAUAUUUGUUUACCAUCUCAAUCUUUUGUUGUGUUUGUAAUGUGGUUAUGCUGGAAGUUGACCACCUUGUGUGCAUCUCACAUCAGACUUCAAUUCUGUCAAUUGCUUGAGCGUGGUGUGUCAACUGAACUUUCAUUUUAACAGUGAAAUAGAUUAUGCACUUGAAAGGCAGCCAAAGGUCUUGUGAAGUGCUGGCAAUAUUAAACCGUGGAGUGUUUCUGAAAGUGCUAUUAAUUCUCCUUAAUUCCAGUAUUUGUUAAUGAAUACAUAUCCACAAAUACUUUCAAGAAGUGUACACACUCAAAUGUACUGAACUCUCCAUUGUGAGACGGGCUUAUUAAAUAAACUUUCAU